AUAGAUCUAUAUAUCUGUGUGAGAUGCGAAGGAAGACAGAGAAACAGCAAAGAAGAGCUGUAAAUUUGGUAGAAAGAAAAUAAUUAAGCAGCCAUGAAUGGAAGUAGAAAUAAUAACCGUAAUGGUGUGCCGAUUGAAGAAGAAGAAGGAGAAAAGAGAUUAUACACAGAAGAUGGGACUGUGGAUCUCAGAGGCAAACCUGUUCUUCGAUCCAACACUGGUCGAUGGAAGGCUUGUUCUUUCAUCGUCGUGUAUGAAGUGUUCGAACGAAUGGCGUACUUUGGAAUAUCGAGCAAUUUAUUCAUAUACUUGACGACGAAGCUACGCCAGGGCACAGUCAGAUCAGCCAAUAAUGUCACCAAUUGGCUCGGUACCAAUUGGAUCACUCCCAUCUUGGGUGCAUACGUUGGCGAUGCACUUUUGGGUCGUUAUUGGACUUUUUUGAUUGCCACCGCUAUCUACUUUUCGGGAAUGUCCCUUCUAACCCUUUCAGUAUCAAUCCACCCGUUGAAACCAAGUUCAUGUCCAGACCCAAAUGGUGUUCAUUGCCAGAAGCCAACUACAUUACAAAUAGUUGUAUUCUUUGUUGCCCUAUACAUCAUAGCACUCGGAAAUGGUGGAACGAAGCCCAAUAUUUCGACCAUUGGCGCGGAUCAAUUCGACGAGUUCGACCCUAAAGAAAAAAUCCAAAAACUUUCCUUCUUCAAUUGGUGGGCGUUUAGCAUACUCUUUGGUGCAUUAUUUGCCACUACUGUGCUUAUCUAUAUUCAGGAUAACGUGGGAUGGGCGCUUGGGUAUGGAAUCCCAACCAUUGGACUAGCAAUAUCGAUAUUGAUAUUUUUGGCUGGGACACCCUUCUAUCGGCACAAGGUGCCGAUGGGAAGCUCGUUGACGACAAUAAUUAAGGUCAUUGUGGCUUCGAUUAGCAAGUGGAAGGUGGAGAUUCCGACGGAUGCCAAAGAACUCUAUGAGCUUGAUCCUAUAGAGUACGGUGAAGGAAAGCACAUGAUUGAUUCUACAAAUAGCAUGAGGUUCCUCAACAAAGCAUGUGUAAGAACAAGCUCUAGCAAGCCAUGGCUACUUUCCUCAGUCACACAAGUAGAAGAAACCAAGCAGAUACUCCGAAUGAUCCCGAUCCUCAUCGUCACCUUCAUCCCGAGCACGAUGGUCGCACAAAUCGGGACACUUUUCAUCAAACAAGGCACCACUCUAAACCGCCACAUCGGCGCCUUCAAGAUCCCUCCGGCUAGCUUAGGCCUAUUCGUCACAAUCUCGAUGCUCGUAUCUCUCGUGGUGUAUGACCGUGUCUUCGUAAAAAUCAUAAGGAAAAGGACGAGAAACCCUAGAGGUAUUACUCUCCUCCAACGAAUGGGGAUCGGUAUGAUCCUCCACAUCAUCAUCAUGGUUAUCGCUUCCCUAACCGAACGAUAUAGAAUCCAUGUUGCCCGGAAAAAUGGCCUAGUCGAGAAUGGGGGCCAAGUCCCUUUAUCUGUAUUCAUUAUAUUGCCUCAAUUCAUACUCAUGGGCGUUGCGGAUGCAUUCUUGGAGGUGGCGAAGCUCGAGUUCUUCUACGACCAAGCGCCCGAGAGCAUGAAGAGUUUAGGGGCAUCGUAUUCUUUGACAAGUCUUGGAGCCGGGAACUUCAUAAGCAGCCUGUUUCUGACCAUUGUCUCGAAUGUCACAAGUGGGAACGGGCACGAGGGAUGGAUUCGGAACAACCUGAACGCCUCGCAUUUGGAUUACUAUUACGCCUUCUUUGCCAUCUUGAACUGCAUUAAUUUUGUCUUGUUUCUUGUUGUGGUGAGAUUUUAUGUCUAUAGAGCCGAAGUUUCGGAUUCCAUGAAAGUGCUUGCGGAAGAGCUGACGGUUCGAAAAACAGAAGGCGGGCAAUGAGGAAAUUAUCUCAAACUAGAGGAAAUUUGAUGUUAUUCGAACUAAAACUUUUUUCUGUUAAGUAAAGAUCUAUGAAGGAUGUUCGUGUCCAUUUUUUUUUUUUUGAAGUAUCGAAUGGCUUGUUUCAAUUUCAUCGAAGUAAUGAACGUCAUUACACUUGGAAAAAAAAUCUAAUCUCAACUUGAACUGAAAUGAUAUAAUGCA